UGCAGAUGUCCAGGGACUGUUCUCAGUGAGCAGCACAGUGAGGAUGCUGGGAAAUCUUUCUGACCACGCCUACAUCUGCUCCGUGUCCAAAGAGGACGGGACCGGGGAGUGGAGGGCCUCGUUCAGACAGCAAGAGGACAUCCAUGGAGAAGUGGGCCAAACCCUGGCCAUCCCCUGCCCUGCACCAAAGCCCAGCCUCCAGAACUUCACUCAGACCUGGACCUUCAUGGGACAAACCCCGCCCAUCCUCACGCACAACAGCAGCACCUCACACCGGCAUAUCUCAGACCUGUGGAAGAACCGGGUUCAGGACCUUUUAGAAAACGGGUCGCUCCUGAUCCAGAACCCAGAGGGCCAGAACCUCACAGGAACGUACACCUGCAAGGUGUUAACCGACUGGACCCUGCAGCUGGUGCAGACACAUGUCAACAUUACAGGUUCAGAUAAGCGUUCUGGGAGUGCCACCCUGCUCCCUGCUGCUGCUGCUGCUGCUGCUGUUGCUGGUAUUGCAGUUGCUGUUCUUGUUCUUCUCGUGACAGGACUCCACAUAGUAGCAAGGAAAAAAGUUGGGGAUAAAAAGAAACAAGUUGGAGAAGAAGGAAAUGGAGAGGUGGAAGCUGGGGACGGAGCUGGAGCCACACUGAGCCUAUCAGCCAUACUGGAUCCACAGCCACCCAAUCACCACGGCAACCAGGAUGAAGCAGGCGCAUACCUGGUUAUGCAGGACGUCCCAGAACGGCUGACCAUGUCGCCCAUACCUAAAUCCGCCACUGUUGUGAGCGCCCCCUUCAGGUGAAUGGUAUAUUGAUCUUUCUCCCAAAAAGGAAUGUCACCUCUGGGGUUCUACACAUCACAGUAGAGAAAACCCUGCAGCCAUCAUAAAGCAGCACAUCUACUCGCUAAAUAUUAAAUACGCUUCCGCCCACGCUACACCCUGAGUGAGUCCCCGCUGUCACCGUUCUGCACACCCGGAGCGGGUGCACCGACAACGGCAUUGAACACACAUGCAACACUCGGACAACACAGAGACAACGAACAGCAGGAAAAGCUUUUUUUAUUCGGCUGAGGAGUGCGGAGGGCAGAAACACAAAAAUAUAGUAUGUCCCUGUCUGUUGUUGGGAUAUGUAACAUAUCUUGUGGUUGAGCAUUUGGCAGAUCAGCUUCAUCCCAGGAAGUUGAGGAAAGGCGUUGCGUUGAGCCCACCUUUUUUUUGGAACUUUCUUUUAUUUAAGUUUUUACACAACUGAUAAGAUUGGCAUGGGUGGUACAAAACAGUUAUACAUGCUCAGGUCAUUUCUCUCAUUGAAUAAAGGGUUAUGUGGUGACUCCACCACUCCCCGCCUCUACCAGUCAGGCCAGAGGAUCCUUUCCGUUCUUGUGCCUUCAGUAUGCUGUAUCAAAUACAGAAAUAACAAUCUCCAAAAUUAAUACAAAUUAUACCUCAAGGU